GGAUUUCGCUCCAACUGUCAGAUGACUCGUGAGAGAAAAUAUGCGUUUUACUUCAAAAUUCAAGAAGAAAUUAAAUGGAUCAUCUGGCAAACAGUCACAUAAGGAACAUUCAAAUCAAAGCCACAGUCAAGACAUUGUUUGUGAUCCGCAGAGUUUUGAAACAAAAUUAAAGUUUGAAGAUUGUAAAUAUGGUAAAUUCGUGCCUCGAAAUAUAGGUGACAAGCUUCACGAUACGUUCGACUUAGUGGCGCUGCAUAACCUGAAUUCAGCCGACUCAAAACAUAAUCGUUCAGAACAUUUGCAGAUUAUAACAAGAUUUAUUUUUUCUAGCGCAUAUUGCAGUAGAUCGAAGAUAACUGCAAAAAGCAUACAACUGAACAAAUUAUGGGUAAAGAAUGACACCAAGAAGUAUAGGACAGAUGAUGCAGACGGAGACACUACGGAGAUGUUGAAAAUUUCGAAAGAAUUUCUGAAAAUGGUUAAAAAGACAGUAACUGAACCAGAGAUUAGUCAUAGAGGACGAUUAUAACACAUUCAGUGAAAGAUACUUACCUGCAGAAACUAUCAUGAUUUAUCAUACAGACCUGGAUGUUGGGUACUGGACCCAGCACGAAACAGGAGGAGAGGUUCCUCCGGGUACUUCGGGCGCUUCAGCCAUACUUUUAGCUGGCAAGAUGUAUAUAUUUGGUGGUCAUACAGAAGAUGGAAACACAAAUACUCUCUAUUGUCUAGACUUACAGAAACUUACGUGGAAAUGCCUCAUUCCUGAUUCAGAACUACUGCCCAGUCCCAGAGAUAAGUUUGCCGCUUGGUCAUAUAAUAAUAAAUUAUAUUACUUCGGAGGUUUUGGUGUGAAUAUCAGGACUGGAGAUUAUCUCAAUGAAAAUGGUAAAUUUGUUCCGGACACAAGAUUCACAAAUAUGAUGCCACAGGACAGGGACAGAGAGUGGAACAAUCAGCUUCUAGUUUAUGAUAUAGACACCAACAAAUGGAGCAAUCCAAAAUGUCAGGGACAAGUGCCUCUACCUCGAGCUGCUCAUACUGCCGUAAGAUUGAAAAAUCUUGUGUACAUAUUUGGUGGUCGCCAUGGUAACACUAGAAUGAAUGAUCUUCAUUCCUUAGAACUGGAAACUCUCACUUGGUCUGGAGAGUUGUAUGUUGAGGGGGCAUGCCCAUGUGGUCGCUCAUGGCAUACGUUCACAGCUGUCUCUGAUGAAGUAGUGUUUCUUUAUGGUGGCUAUUCUACUAGUGGUGUUCCUCUAUGUGAUGCAUGGCAACUGAAUGUUCGACACAGACAGUGGUCACAGAUUACAGUACCUCCUAACAGACCUAGAUUGUGGCAUACAAGCUGCUGUACCUCAGAGGGAGAAAUACUUGUGUUUGGUGGCUGUGAAAAUGAUAUAUUUCAAUUUGAUGAACCUAAUAAACAUGCAAAUGAAGUACUAGUAUUCCAGCUUCAACCAUAUAGAUUACAAAGACAGUGCCUACAGACUGUAUAUAAACACUACACAUCAGAUAAAUGGUGUAUAUUACCUAAAACUCUACAAGACUGGCUACUGAAAAAGAAACAGCUAGAAAUUAUAAAAUCUAAAGACAAUGGCCAAGAAAAUGUUUUACCACAAGGAAGUACAUGUGCAGUGUCCUAGGGAAUUGUGUUUCGAUUACCUUCUUAUUUCUUACCUUUUAGACUACACGGGCUUUCAUUUUAAGUUUUUCAUCUCUCCAUUAUUGACUGCCACAUUAUUGACUGUCCUUUACUGACUGGUUUCUGCAAUACAUUGUUUUGUAUAUGUUUUUAUUUGAGAUAUUUUUCAAUAAAUGAUAGUGCUGUU